UGGCGGUAUUGUUAAAUUUCAUUCUUUUUUAAAAUUUCAUUUAAUUUGAUAAUUUUGUGUCUGUCGUAUUGAAAAAAAAACGUUUCUAGAAUGGCAAAAACAACGCGUUUGGCUUCUCAAGUUCAAAUUUCUUCUCCCAGAAAAAAGGUCUUACUAGCCAUUGAAGAAAAAGAAAACUCCAUAGAUAUGGGACCUCCUAAGACUCAGGAACCUGCGAAAAAAUCAAAGAACGAGACUACAUCUAAGAAACAAGAAAAGGUGGAUUCCGUUGCCCCAAGGAGAUCAAAGCGGCGACCUGCUCUGGCCGAUGUCGUGGCCAACACUGAAGCAUCCAAGGAAGAGCAAACUUUGAAAACCACCCGUGGGAAGUCAAAGAACACUGCUAAGAGUAAGAAAGCAGCUGCAGGUGGUAGCAAAAAAGCUGGUAAAGCAAACUUGACCCAGACGAAAUUACACUUCUCUCCUACCGGUUUGCCGAAAGAAGAUGAAACUCUUGUUGCGGAUGACUUGCCAAAUGAUGUCAAGAACGAUGAUACAUAUGAGUUGGAAGCUCCUACCUUGCCCAUCCCUUUUCCGAAUGAAACGGUCUGCGAGGAAAUGAAUGGAAUUGCACCUGGUACUAGUCAGGAAGGUGAAUUGGAGGCUGAUACAACCAAGACACUAACUACUAUGAAUGAUACUUAUGAAUUUAUUACUCCUGUCCUUAAAGUCGCCGCUGAAAGUAAAAACAUCUUCGAAGAGAGUAAUAUACUUACAUGUGCUGCACCACCAGACAGCUUCUGGCGGGAAUUGGCUGAGCAGAGGAGAAUUGCUCUGGAAAAAGCCUUGGAAGAAAAUGAAUCGUUACACGAUCAACUACAGGUGCUGGAAGUUGAAAACUCCCAACUAAAAAACAUUGUGAAAGAAGCCAACCAACUAGCAAGUAUAGUCAAGGGCAUACUAGAAUGAGUGCUUGAAUUUCUACUGCCGGACUGCUGAAACUUUCUCGCAUUUUAUUUUCAUUCCAAGAAUUAUGCUUUAAUCAUUGUAGUUUGUAAUGUGUUAUUUUUGUAAAUAUUAAACUGCA